GGAGCUACACUACUAGCCAGUUGUAGCAGCGCGCUAUCGUUAGAUACCAUUUCUCCCUCACAGCACAGCAAAGAGACUGGAAUAACUCUGGCACAACAACAUAUUCUUUGAGAUAUUUGAAGCCCAUUCACAAUGCAUGAGUUUGAUGAACGCCAACAGUCAAAAUGGCGGAGUCCUGGCCGUAACCAUGGUGACCAGAGCAGCAGACUCCAGGGUCGCGAGAUGCUCCAAAGAUUUAACAUUGUAUUCAAAGAGGAGCCAGAAGAUGACGAUCAUGCACCUUGUGGUCAGAGUAAUACUGGAAUGAGUCCUGCCUCCAGCCACGGCAGUGAGGAGACUACCUCUACAUCAGGAGAACCUGAGCAACACCAGGAGACUCACCGGGAGACUCAUCAGACAGAAAAAUCGUCUCUCCGGGAGACUCAUCAGACAGCCACGCCGUCUCACCGGGAGAUUCAUCAGACAGAAAAAUCGUCUCUCCGGGAGACUCAUCAGACAGAAAAAUCGUCUCUCCAGGAGACUCAUCAGACAGAAAAAUCGUCUCACCGGGAGACUCAUCAGACAGAAAAAUCGUCUCUCCGGGAGACUCAUCAGACAGCCGCGUCGUCUCACCACUACUGCUGUGCCUGUGGACAGGAGUUCCCUGGUGCCUAUGACCUCAUGCUACACCAGAGGACUCACUAUAUAAGGAACAGUGUUCCAUGUGGGACACAUACCAUGACUGCACACCUGCAAACAUCCGCUGUAAAGCGAGAGAGUGGUCACACUGAGGAGGAGGAGGAAGGAGAGGAAGUUGGUGGAUUUAUUAAACGUGAAGAAGCAGCUACUUGGGAUCCUCCUCAACUCGGAAUGAGUCCUGCCUCCAGCCACCGCAGUGAGGAGACUACCUCUACAUCAGGAGAACCUGAGCAACACCAGGAGAACCACGACACAGCCACGACGUCUCACCGCUGCUUUGGCUGUGGACAGGAGUUCCCUGCUGCCUACGACCUCGUGUUACACCGGAGGACACACAUAGAGAGAGGCUUCUACAAGUCUGUCUGUGGAGAGCUGUUCUACCAGAAAGAGUUACUCAAAACACACCAUCAGAAAGUUGACACAGGAAUACCUGGACAACACCGGAAGAAUCCCAAAGCUAAGAAGUCUCACGACUGUGUAGUGUGUGGAAAACAACUAUCGGAAGCAAUGAAGCUGAAGAGGCACAUGAGAACACACACAGGAGAGAAACCUCACGGCUGCUCUGUGUGCGGCAGAGGAUUCACGCAGAAAGGAAAUCUGAAAACACACAUGAAAACACACAGAGGGCUGAACCCCAAAUUGUGGUCCGCUGGAGAGGACAGUCCCUCGACAUCAGGAGAACCUGAACAACACCAGAAGAACCACACAGCUAAGACAUUUCAGAAUUGCAUAGAAUGUGGGGAGAUGUGCCAAACUCUACCAGCACUAAAAAAACACAUGAAAACUCACACCAGUAAGAAGCCGUCUUACCAAUGCUCCCUUUGCGGGGCGGAAUUCACUGAGAAAGGGCAAAUCCAAGACCACCAGUUACAGCAUGUUGGAGAGAAGCCGUACUCCUGCCCUGACUGUGGGAAAUGUUUCGUCAAUGAAAGCUACAUUAAAAUUCACCAGCGAACGCACACUGGAGAGAGACCCUACAGCUGCCUUGUGUGUGGAAAUAGUUUUGUGAAAAAAGCAUACUUAAAAAGUCAUGUACUGACACACACGGGAGAGAAACCGUACCUUUGCUCCAUCUGUGGGAAGACAUACAGUCGAGAAGGAACUUUCAAAAUCCACCAGAGAGUUCACACGGGAGAGAAACCGUACCUGUGCACUGAAUGUGGGAAGCGUUUCAGCUGUAGAGCAAACCUUUAUUCGCACAACAAGAGACACGCUGGCAAACCCAUAGGACCUAAACGUCAGUUAGGCAGACCGAAGCAACUGCCAAACUGACAAUGGGACAGGACAAAUGAACUUGUGUAGUGUCUCUCCUGAUCACCAACAAAAUAGUUAUGUUCCAUCUUGAUUAUGCAUUUCUCAUAAACAAACAUAAAACAAUACAAUAUGAAGCGUCUGUGGAUGUCUGAAAGACUGAAGAUUUGUCAGCACCUGGACCUAAACGGCAGUUAGACAGACCCAAGAAACUGCCAUAGGGGAAACAGUGCUGGUUAAAUGAACUUACGCAGUGACUUCAUUUUGUCUAAGAGUUGAAAAAUAUAUGGCCCGUGGAAAUCAAGAGAGGUGGUCCACAGAGAGAGGUGGUCCACAGAGAGAGGUGGUCUAUAGAGAGAGGUGGUCCAC